AGCCAUCGAGGAUUGGUUUUACAAUAAACGAUCGCAAAUAGACAAGUGCAUCUUCAAAUCCAUAAUAUUCCUUUUUCCUAGAAUGGCCUUACGCUACUCCAAGCCCAAAUACAUAGCGUGGAGUAACGACAUACUUAAAACUAUGAUGAAUUAUCCCUCAAAGUCAGAUAUAUUGACAUUUUGUCAGAUACAGUUAGCUUGGAUUCUAAAAAUGGGUCAUCACCUGCUGAAGAUAGAGGCUAUAAGGUUCUGGAUAAAUGAGGUCAAGUUUCAUAGAGGGUUGAGGGAUGCAUUAAUCUCUUGUCGGGCUGAGAGGAUUCUCUUGAAUUUGAUAGUGGAAGACUCCGAUAAGAAAAUCGGAAGAAUGGCUUCCAAGUUCCUACAAAAAGUUGCCAACAAGGAUCUAUCCAGGCAGAUCGCGGGAAUGCUUCCUUUCGUUUCGAGGGAACCGAACGUUUUCAGUUGCUUCAUUCUAACGAGACCCGGUGUCCCAGAAAGGAUGGAGGAGAAGAUGCUCCUUCUGGAACUGCUGUCGGUGAUGAUACCUUCUUUGGCCGAGGAUUAUGUGCUGAGGGCAGCAUGCAUGUACACGAACGAUCUCCUAGAAAAUAUGAGGAAGGAGCCGAAAUGUCUGAAAGCGUUCAGUAAAUAUACAUCUACCAUCGAGUUCCUGCUCUACGCUACCUACAGAACUGAAGAGGACGUUUCGAAGGAGAUACUCUUCCUCUUCAGGAAUUUGGCCAGUAUUCAGGUGAAGUACCAUUUCGAACUGGAGGCCACUGUGGAAACAGACCCAAUGCUCUUGCUCAAAGGUUCCACCAGACAAAUCAACAGAGUCCUGACAAUAUUUCCCAUCAUACUUAGCGCAAAAGUGGACCCCCUGCUCAAGUUCAAGGACGACACGAAGCUCAAUCUUUUCUACCAGAUUUUGGACUUCGUCGAUGACGUCGACAAGCAAGAGAACGCCCUGAAAUGCCUGCAUCUGCUGAUCAAGAAUUACGAUUGGUUGUCGUUCAGUGGCGCCAUAGGAACUUUUGUGAAAAUUUGGUGUUGCGAAAAGUUGAAUCUCGAUCGAUCUCGUCUUUUUAUCGCUCUCAUCGUCCUGUGGUUGAGGAAGUUGAUGAAGCAGCCGAGACAUCUGCAUCCGAUGGUACCUAUUUCGGAGAUUCAGAAUUUUUUCAUGCGGAGUGGGGAUCUCAACCAGAUUAACUGCUGCUCGAAAAUUCUAAGAAUACUGCAACAAGACAACAUCAUAAAAAGGGAAAAUAAUAUCAAGUUGAAAUUUUUAAUAUAAGAUAGUCACAAAAAAUUACUGGUUGUCCAAAAUUUGAACAUGGAGGAAUCCAUCAAUCAACUGUAUAAUU